UAGUAGCGUUACUAUGUGGUCUUCAGUUGCAGAAAGCCAGUAAUAUAGCAAGCGCUGUGUGGUUCCAAAUAAAAGGAUUACAUGAUUUUUUGUGAUGAAAUGUCGCAUUGUUCCUUAAAACUGAAAUUGAAUUGUUGAAAGGUAAACAUAUGGUCUUUCAGGGAUAUGCUUGGACAAAUGUCUGGGUGAAUGUGACAACAAGUCUGAGCAGAGAAAAAUGGGCCAGAGAAAGAGGGCAGCGAUCAGGGGCUCCCUUGCAAAUCAAAUCAUGGAUGGAAUCACACUUGGACACCAGGACUCUCCCAAGCACAAUAUAUGCAUGGUGUCUGAUUUCUUUUACCCUAAUAUGGGAGGUGUUGAAAGCCAUAUUUACCAGCUGUCACAGUGUUUGAUUGAGAGAGGACACAAGGUGAUAAUUGUCACCCAUGCUUACGGAAACAGAAAAGGGGUCCGAUACCUCACAAAUGGACUCAAGGUGUACUACUUACCCCUGCAGGUGAUGUACAACCAAUCCACUGCAACCACCUGCUUUCACAGUCUGCCUCUGCUUCGGUGUGUGUUUGUCCGAGAGAGAAUCACGGUAGUGCAUGCCCACAGUUCCUUUUCGGCUAUGGCCCACGACUCCCUGUUCCAUGCUAAGACUAUGGGGCUGAACACUGUGUUCACAGACCACUCCCUCUUCGGCUUUGCAGACGUGAGCUCGGUGCUGACCAACAAGUUGCUGACUGUGUCACUGUGUGACACCAGCCACAUCAUCUGCGUGUCCUACACCAGCAAAGAGAACACGGUGCUGAGAGCAGCCCUGGACCCAGAGAUAGUGUCUGUUAUUCCCAAUGCCGUGGAUCCCACCGACUUCACUCCAGACCCCUCCCAGAGGGACGACAGCAAGAUAACAAUUGUGGUCAUCAGCCGCCUGGUCUAUCGAAAGGGAAUUGAUUUACUUGGAGGUAUAAUACCAGAACUCUGCCUCAAAUAUCCCCAUCUGCAUUUUUUAAUUGGUGGAGAGGGACCCAAGCGAAUUGUACUGGAGGAGGUCAGAGAGAAGUACCAACUCCAUGACAGGGUACGUCUUCUAGGGGCCCUGGAGCACAAAGAUGUGAGAAAUGUCUUGAUUCAGGGCCACAUUUUCCUCAACACAUCUUUGACAGAGGCCUUCUGCAUGGCCAUUGUAGAGGGAGCCAGCUGUGGGCUACAGGUGGUGAGCACCAGGGUGGGAGGAAUCCCGGAGGUCCUGCCUAAGGAGCUGAUCACCCUGUGUGAGCCCACGGUCAGCUCCUUGUGUGAGGGGCUGGAGAUGGUGAUUGCCAGGCAGCGCGAGGGCACCAUGCCGCCCCCUGCCACCAUCCACAGCAGAGUCCGCACCCUCUACACCUGGAGGAACGUGGCUGAGAGGACGGAGAAGGUCUAUGACAGAGUGGACAAGGAGACAGUCCUGCCACUUCACAGACGUCUCCACAGACUGCAGGCGCACUGCGGCCCCGUUGCGGGGUGUAUCUUUGCCUUCAUUGCAGUCCUGGACUUCCUCUUCCUCCUCCUGCUGCAGUGGCUCGUCCCAGAUUCAGCCAUCGACCUGGCUGUGGACGCCACUGGCCCCCACGCUCGGUGGAAGAGGAGCGGGAACAGAAAGACCUCGGCGGGAACAGAAAGACCUCGGCAUGAACCGUCGUAACGGCACAGGGCUGGGUUAGCAUGCUGCCCUGAGUAUUCAGGUCCACCCCCUCUUGGUUACCUUUAAAAUUUUUUAUCAUGCAUAUAUAUGCCAAUGCCUGAGGAAUAUGUCCUUGAAAAAUAAGUACAAUGGGGUAUGAUGCGCUCAGGUGGGCAUUGUACUGCAUCACACGUCAGAUCUGCUUUCUGUUCCCAGUUUAAGGGCUAAAUGUAUUGCAGUCUGUUCCAGUUUCCUGGGCUGAUAUUC